GGGGAAAGAGCCAGGGGCCUGCAGCUCCUUCUCUUCUCUCAGGGGCACCUUCCAAGUGAUCUUGGUGGCUAAGGGGACAGGGCAGUGAGAAGUUCUGGAGACUCUCAGAAGUCACCGUCUGAAUAUCAAACCUGAAUAACCGGGAGAGAAGUAAGGCGGGCAGGCAAUCUUGCCGUGGUUCCCGCCUGCCCACGCUGCAGGUUUUUCAGGUCCUUGCUUGAGCGUGCACUCCCGGGCGUAAAUAAACGUGCGAUCAGCAGCCGCGCCAGACAGCAGGCUAUUUAAGCCGGCCGGCACCAGCACCCGCUGCUUCCAGCCCAGAGCUCACCCAGACUUCCACCCGCGCCAGAACCAUGUCGGCGAAGACCGCGAGCGGCCCCACGGAGGACCAGGUGGAGAUCCUGGAAUACAACUUCAACAAGGUCAACAAGCACCCGGACCCCACCACGCUGUGCCUCAUCGCCGCCGAGGCGGGCCUCACGGAGGAAGAGACGCAGAAAUGGUUUAAGCAGCGCCUGGCCCAGUGGCGGCGCUCAGAAGGCUUGCCCUCCGAAUGCAGGUCUGUUACAGACUAGGGAGCUGGCCACCUGCAACCUUGCUUGCCGGCAUGUCGAACUCUACCGGCUCCCCCUGGACUCGGCUUGCCCAGGCUGUUUUGAUGUUUCAGUGCAGUGUUGAAUGUCCCUUUGUUUUCUGUCCUGCUAUUUAAUACAAUGUGUUUUUUAAAUGUAUAUAACAGUUCUGUGUAAAGCAACAGCUUGGCUGGGAAAGGGGUGUGGCUUGCAUUUGCCUUUGGAUUUUAAUGAAAGAUGGUGUGGAAAUUUUUUUUCUUUGCCUUCGGUCAUCACCUUCCAGUAGCAAUUCACAUUUACCAUCCAUUUCAGAACCACCAGGCUUCUAUUGAAAACAUAUCAGAACUAGCAGGGAAAGCAUCUCCUGAAUCCUCUUCCCCGUGUCCCUUCCCCUCUGUUUCAUUUAAUUCACUGGUGGUUGAAUGAGAGCAUGGGUGCAUUUGAGUCAUUCAAAUUUUAUAUAUAACAGGAAAGCAAGUAGCUAAGAAAAAGUCGGAAAUUUACUUUAUUUAAAUGGAUUUGUUAAGUUUAUUUUGCUGAAUAAAAUGAACUGCUUUCUGUCUCAAAAAUGAUAUCCUAAAUAAAAGAGUUUUUGUUGAAA